AUGAGUACAAUUUCAGCAGAUGCCUUGCUAAAUGAAACCAAAAGAGAAAGAAAUGAAAGAUUCAAAAACCAGCUAUAUCAAGCAGCAGCAAAAGGGGUAAUACAAGGUACAUUAAUUGCCCUAAUGACAGGGUAUGCAUUAUCAUACAAAUAUAAUCAUGGAGUAAAUAAAGCAUAUUUCAAAACGACUUACAAAGUAUGGUGGUUUGUUGGGUGGAAUGUUGUUGGUAUAACUUUUGCCACAGAUACUGCCAAAAUGAAAAUCAGCAAACAAGCAGCUAUGGAAGAUGAACUCAAACGAAACAGAUAUAUUGAACAGGAAUUGAGUAAGAAUUUCAAAUAG